AUGCUGCUUGCCUUGUUUUGGCUGGUCUGCAACGCUGCAAGGCAUGUGACGGCACCGGAUGUUAGCUAUGGUAGGAUCUCUGUCCUCUUGGAAAGAAGAUGCUCGACUAAGGACCACUACUUUUGGUUUCACCACCGCUCCUUCACGAUAACACAUUGCACCAGUAUAAUUUCUUAGUGCAGCGGGAAGAGAUAGAGAUUUCGGAAAAGCAACUGUGGUAUUUGUUUCAUGGUGCGAGGAGAGCCAGAACAACGAGGAGCACGACCAAGGCACUAUCAGUGUCGCAGCUGUACUUUGACGACUUAAUAAAGUUGCAACUCCAAGAGCGACUACCUAGCUUUUCUUUGUCAAAAAUGAGAAGAUUGCGUUGCACUUCUAGUAGUAGCCGAGGCUCGUGCACCAGUUAGUUUGGAGAAAAAUACGCAACAGGCGGAGACGAUGGGAAAUACGAUUCGGAGGCUUCUGGUGUAUGCCAAAACUCCCUAGAGGUCUUGUUUGCUACCCUCCCAGGUGGUCUCAGAUAGAGAAAUGAUCAUCAUCCAUUGUGCUCAUAAAUGAUUUUUUUGUUCUCCGACGAUCAUAUCGUUCCUGCACUCGCUGACCAAGC